GUUUUUUAAAUAUUGUAUCGUGAAUUAUAGGAAACAAGAAGUUUAAAAUGUAAUACAUAUUAUAUUUGUGUUGCAUAGUGUGCUGCUAAUUGCUAUGUUAUUUUGUCUAUGCUCAUUUUAGUAAGCCAAUGUGGCGACUGGCGUUCAUCAUCAACAUCAAGCGAGCGUCAAGUGAUGGCAGUUUGUGAAAUAAGUUAGAUUGUUAUUGGGUUAAGUUGUGUCAUUAGAACUAAAUUAAUAAUGAGUCGGUAUUUCGAUUACAGUAAUAAUAUAUCAUGUUAAGACGAACAUCGUUGGUUAGCAACAAUGGUUAAAACACGAUCUUCAGCAAGAGUAGUGAAUGGUGGCCACGGAGAAUCAACUGCAAAUGGGAACUCUUCAGAACUCAGAGCAAGAUUAAAUACUAAUGAGAAUGGACAUUAUUCACAUGCCAUCGCAAAUUAUAGGAACAGCCAAGCUCUCCAAUCUGCUGCCGGAGCAGGCUCCCAAGGCAAGGAUCCUCUGGCACCAGGAUUAUCUGCAUCACGAAACAUGUAUCAACAUCCAGCUGUCACAGGAUACAAUACUCAGGACACCAGAUCUCCAACACACCCUGUAGCGGGCCGGCAGAACCAAAUGUACGCGAGCGGUAUGUACGGAUAUCCGGUUUCCGGCGGCGUAGCCCUCACGGCUAUGUCUUCGCCCUCGCCCACUGCAACACUACCUCCUUAUCCAGUCCACCCUGAUGUCAAGUUUAAAAAGCUACCAUUUUAUGAUGUGCUUGCGGAAAUCCUGAAGCCAUCCACAUUGAUGCCCGUGCAGCCCGGAAGGAUGCAGGAAAGCGCCUAUAAUUUCCACCUCACACCGCAGCAGGCCACACAGAUUGCUUCUGGGAAGGAUAUAGUGGGGAGUAGUAAUAAGCUUGAUUAUGUUAUACAGGCUCAGCUACGGUUUUGCCUGUUAGAGACGUCAUGUGAACAAGAAGACUACUUCCCACCUAGUGUUAAUGUUAAAGUUAAUAAUAAAAUGUGUCCACUACCAAAUCCAAUACCUACAAAUAAACCAACACCAGAACCAAAGAGGCCACCGAGACCAGUCAAUAUAUCAUCACUUGUCAAAUUAUCGCCCACAGUAGCUAACACUAUAAAUGUGACAUGGGGUUCUGACUUCACGAGAGCUUAUGUAGUGAGUGUAUUCAUGGUUAAGAAACUCACAUCCUCGGAGCUGUUGCAACGUUUGAAGAAUAAAGGAACGAAAAACCCAGAUUAUACAAGAUCAUUAAUAAAAGAAAAAUUAUCAGAGGACUAUGACAAUGAGAUAGCGACAACUUCACUGAGAGUGUCUCUUAUGUGUCCUCUGGGCAAGAUGAGAAUGUCCUGCCCAUGUCGACCAGCUAACUGUCCACAUUUGCAAUGUUUUGAUGCCUCCCUGUUCUUACAAAUGAAUGAAAGGAAACCUACUUGGCUAUGUCCGGUCUGCGAUAGGCCAGCACCCUAUGACUCAUUAGUGGUGGAUGGGUACUUCCAAGAGGUGUUGACGUCGGCGCGGCUCGCGAGCGACUGUAACGAGAUCCAGCUCCACGCCGACGGCAGUUGGUCGGCGCACUCCCCGCCCGCCCGCACGCCGCACCCCGCGCCGCAGCCCGAGCCUGUCACACUCAUAUCUGACGAUCUCGAAGUCAUACCAAUAGACUCAGAAGGCAGCAACAAGCGUGCGGCGGUUGGUGAAGAUCGCAGACCAAAGGCCACAGAUGUGUUAGUGGACCUCACCUCUGACUCUGAAGAUGAACUGCCUCUAAAGAGAAAGGUCCCUGUGCCCAAAGCCACACCACCACAACCUAAUCCAGUGAAGGAGGAAAUUUAUUCAAAUAAUGGUGUGGAGGCGGUGUCGUCGAGCGGGUACCGGUCGCCCGGCGGCGCGGGGCCCGUCAUCUCACUGGACAGUCCUUCCCCUCCCGCGGCUUCUUCGCCCCCCGCCACCGACCCGGCCACCACACAGCAAUCCAGCAGCAACACCAGUGAGCGGGAUGAGUCUGAAACGGCAGUGCCUUGGGAUACAUUUGGUGAAGCGGAGCGCUCAAUCAACCAGUAUGAGCCUUCAUACAGGUACUGACUAACCGAUACAGGUGAGCAGCUGAGUAAUGUGUACGGCUGGUCAGGCAAUGAGACCUUGUAUGACGCUGUACCUGUUUACUACACAUAGCUGGAUUGUACUGCAGCAUAGUGUCACCCAGGUGCAAUGGACAUGGUUAUAGCUAAGAUGCUGGAGCACGAAUGGUCUGUUGUGGCAUUUUGAUAUUAAAUAAGGUAGAUGAGUGAUUGAAUGAAUUUAAAUUUUUAACAUCAAAUCCUUAGAUUGAGCAAUGGUCUCCGCUGCACUCAAACUAGAUACCGCUCAAAGUGCGGCAACUAUUACUAUGCCCAUGUGAUGUUGAUGUGCCACAUAUUCUGUUAAACUUUGCUAAUAAUUGAAACUAAAAUGCCGGGUUGCGUAGAAAAACUUUGUAAAAAUAAUACUACAAGAAAUAAGAAAGACACUGGGAUCACAUAGCAGUAUUUAGUAUUUUGUAUUUUAUUAAUUUCAAUGUAAAAUAACAUGAAGUGUAUGUCACAAAAUUUGAAAUUUGUCAAGAUGCAACACACACAAGCAAUCUAAUAGUUGCUGUAAUAAAAAGCUAUUGUUAUUAGGUAGUACGGUAUCUAGUCUGAGCGUAGCGGAGUCCAAUCUUUAAUCUAAGAACAAAUCAUUGUACAAUUCAAUGCCCUGUAUACAUUGUUUCCGUGUGUAUGUAUAAUUGUGUAACUAGGUUGUUUAAAUGUCAAACUCACUGAGAAUAUUAUGUAAAAAUUUAAAGUUGUUUUUCAUUUGAGUAUAAUUUCCUAUGUUCAUCUAGUUGGCUCCAAAUGGAUAGAAAUAUUUAUAAUUUUUUGUUAUAUUUAUAAUCAAUGCUGCGAAAGUAACUAGCACAAUAUUAAUAAAUGUAUUAACUGUUGAUUGUAUUAUGAGAAGUGUUGCCUGCUCAAUAAUUGUUAACAAGUUAGAAUAAAAUAAUAAGGUAAUAUCAUUGUUAUACAAAAAAGACUUAUGAUUUGAGUCAUGUUCCAUUUCUUCAUAGGAAACAGAUUAGCAUAAUUGCAUUUGGAUAUAAUAAGCUAUUGAAUAUUAUAUAAAUAUAAGUUUUGUGAAUAGUUCUUCUGCUUAUAUUUAUGUUUGACAUGUGUGUUUGUUUGUGUGUCUGUGUUUAUUUAUUAUUUUCACAGACUUUUAUCAUAUAUUCAAUGAUCUAUUGAUAAAUAUCAAAAUAAAUUUAAUUAUCACUCUCUUAUGGUAUUUGAAUCUUUUCAUUCAAACUCGUAAGUUAAAUAUCUAAUGAUGGCUUACUUAACAUGUAAUAGAAAUUAAAUUUAAUAGUCUGAAUAUUCAAUGCUUAAACAUGUGGGGCAAAGUUUCACUGUGUUAUUUAUAUUUCAAUAUCAGGCCUGUCGUUGAGCAGUACAGGUGUAUUGGAUGUUUGAAAUUGUGACUAUUUGAUUAAUUUCUGUGUAUACCCUGCGGGCAAAUCAGUGUAAAGUGACCAUAUUCAACCACUAUCUUUAUAUAUUUUUUUUGUUGACAAAUGAGUAAUUAAAAUUGGUAACAAAGCUUAAAUUCACUGUAAAGUAGUUGUAAUUGUAACUUAAUAUUAUACCAGGGUCUACAUUGUUAAUAUUUUAAAUCAUUAAUUACCAAACAAUAAAUAUAAUGUACCAAAUUGAUUUUGACUCAGACAUCAAUGAGAAAUCUCAAAAAAAUUGUUGUAAGUUGAUUGUGUAUAAAUCUAGUAGUACUUAGCUUUGUUACCUGAUAUUUAAAUGAAUCGCGUAGUAAUUAUAAUCACAGUAAAUUAUAAUUUAGAUAUAAGUUAGCGGAGUGGAAUGUACGUAUAGAUUUUUUGUGUACAUAUUCAAAGUUCACCUCAUUUGUAAUGAUUGUGUCAUCUGUAAUAUACAUACAUUAAGCUGGAUCAGACAUGUUUAGAAACCUUUAAACUUCAUAUGUGGAUAUAUACCAUUCAGUGAUCCUCGCUGUAGAAGUAUAAGUAAGUUAACUGAAGCUCGUAGAUAAUGAACACUUCCAUAAGUUGAGCGUGCUGGCGGGGCGAUAAAGAACAGCUUUAAGUAUCAUGAAAAAGUAUUCGUCUCUCUCACAUAACAUAGCAUACUCCCACCUUAAAGGCAGGCAACGAAUGUCUUGCAACCUUUUGGUGCGGAUGUCCAUGGGCGGUUGCCUCACCACUCCAAUCAGUCUAUUGCCUGUUUGCGCCUUCUUAUAUAAAAAAAAAUAGUUUAUGAGACAUAGUUCGUUAUACCUUAUAACAGCUUUGUAAUAAAGUCUAGUUAGCUGGAUGAUGUUUCAUUAUUACAUCAGUCCGAAGAGGCUUCACACUCACGAAUGUGGUUUCAUUCUCGGCGCAGACGAAUCUGUAAGGUGUCGAACGUAGUACACAAAGAGGAUGUAAAUACUACAUAAUAAGAGGCGCCUAAGUAAAAAUUGAAAUUUAGUUUAGUAUUAAAUAUGCAGUGAAUGUUGCCGGCUAUGUUUGAAAGCGAACAGUUGCUUAAAACGUAGUGGAUUUCUCCCUUUUUAACAAGAUUAUAGCCGUCAUCUGUCAAUCUAUCAAUGACUGCACGUUUCAGUGAAUCGCUCAUUUCUAAGAGAGUUUCGCUAGGCUGGUGGUACAUACCACUCCAGUUAACACAUUCACAAACAAUUAGUAGAAAAACGAGCAUACGUCGUAGGAUCAAAAUGAAACCGUAAUAAUGACGUGUCGUGUGAGUGGUUGUAAUAAAACAGAAAUACUUAGUUAUAUUGUUGUAUGUUACCGAGUGAUUGUGAACUCCAUUCCAUAAUCAGUAACGAUUGUCUAUUACAUAUGACUAAAUUUUGUUAUGACUGAGUGAAUUGAAAUGAAAACAAAAUAUAAUUUCGUUUCAUUUGAUAAUUGAUUGGUGUAAGGUGGCCCUAAGAGACAGUACAGCUAAAAUUACAAUAUGAAAAUUUAUAAACAGAUAAACUCGAAUGGUACCUAUGAACUGUAAUGUACAUAAAAAUUAUCCAGUAUGCAAAUUGCUGCGGUAGGUACUCUUUUAUACCUAAUUAUUCUUGAAUCUGAAUUGAGGAUGAUCUGAGGAUGCCUAGUGUAGAGGCGAAACACGAGUCGAAUUGAUUGAAGACGACUCUUAGCGGCAUUUACACUCAAGAAAGCUGACACAAAUAACAAUUUCAAUAUUCAAUAAAUUUUCUUGACUUGUUCCGUCAAAAUCAAAAUUGUUUUUGGUUUUUAAUAGUUUGUAACUAUUCAAACUAAUCACCAACACUCUUACACCAACAAACAACGCAGAUGUUGUUUAAAUUACUUACAAUUAUUAAUUAUUGUGUUUGUAAAGUGUUGCUGUACAAAAUGCUUGUUUGUAUGUUUUGGAGUUUGAAAUGUAAGAAUAUGUGUUACUAUUUAUGUUUGUGUGAGCACUAAGUAAACAGUUACUGCAAUUGUUGGAAUCACUAGAAUACAGCACUCUCGGAGCUAAAUGCAGAAUAAAAUGUAAAUAUUUC